GUGUUGAGUGUGUGCAUAAUCAGAUUCAGUUGUGUAUUGAGGUCGCUCGGUAAUGAUGAUGAGGACUUCUGGCUCCAGAGGGUCCAGCAUGACCCACAGUCCCUGGACAAACAAUUCUCCAUCACCUCCACCUUUCUCAGACUUCACCGACAUCAACAACAAUAACAGACGUUCACCUGGACAACCAUUGGUUCCCAACAACAAAAUUAAUUCAAAGCCGAAGAUUCUUCCCCGUGAGUUGAUUGACAGAUAUAAGCGUGGAGAUACUCACCCGGUGUCAGCGUUGUACCAGCUCUCACAAGUUCUGCAGUUUCAGCUGGAUCUGAAAGAAACCGUGACCACUGCGGGGAUUUCGGGCUUUUACUUUGCGUUCUGCGCUGUGAUCGAUGGAAUCCAGUAUAAGACCGGCAUGGGGACCACAAAGAAAGAAGCCCGAGCCAAAGCAUCAGAACUGGCCCUCAAAGAGCUCCUAGCCAGUCUAGAGAAUGAUGAGAUUCCUUCAGAUACUGAUACCGUGGGCCCUCCUCCUCUACCAGUAAGAGAGAAGGAAUCAACAAUCACGCAAAUCCAUUCUGGAAGAGCUGUGAUUGAAAGGAAGAACCCUAUAAAGGACCAGGUUCCCAGCGUGGUGAGGGAGAUGUUUACAAAGCUAAUGGACAAUUACCCAGAAUUCUCAGGCUGUGGCGGAACGUUGGCUGCAUUUGUCAUGCUCUCUCCCACAGGAUGCGAGGUUGUUGCUCUUGGCACAGGCAGUUCUAACACCAAAGCCAGUCCGGCACCCACAGGACGAAUCCUGCACGAUUCCCAUGCAGUAGUAACAGCCCGGAGAUCACUAAUGAGGUUUCUUUACAGGAACUUGUUGCUGUUCUUCAGUAAUAACAGCGCUCUGAAGGAGAAGUCAGUGUUUCAGCAGGACGAGACCACCAAACUGCUCAGCUUCAAAAAUCACAUCACUCUGCAUCUGUACCUGAGCCAGCUGCCCAAAGGAGCAUCACAGAUCCCGUCUCAGCUCCGCCUCAACCCUCUGUCCAUCUCUGCAUGGGAGGUGAAUAAUCAGAUCAGUCUUCACGUGGUGGUGGAGGGCAAAGUCUUCUCUAAGUUCUCCAGCUCGUAUGAGCAGAUGGGCUCGCAUGUGGUCAGUAUGUCCGCCACUGAUAAAGUCAUGCAGUGGCAGGUGUUGGGCUUCCAGGGGGCGCUACUGAGCCACUUCAUUGAGCCCAUCUACAUGAGCAGCAUCUUCAUUGGUGAUGGCAGCUGCAGUGAUAUCCGCGGUAUGGAGAUGGCAGUGAACCAGCGUGUGGAUGGCAUCACCUCAGCGCUGCCCUUGUAUUACUGCGUCUACCGACCGCACAUCAGCCUGGUGUCUUCAGCCAUUCCUCCAGACACACGGCAGACACAGAAGUUCCUCAGCCUCAACUGGAGCCACGAAGACCUCACUCUGGAGAUGGUGGACGCUCUGGAGGGAAAAUCCACAGAAGACUCUCCGUUUAAGAGCAGUCCAGCUCUGGCCAGCCGUCUGUGCAAGGCAGCGAUGUUCAGUCGAUUUAAUUUGGUAGCUAAAGAGUCCCAGAGAGAGGAGCUGCUCACUGCUGUCACCUACAGAGAAGCCAAGAUGAUGGCGAAGCCGUACCAAGAAGCGAAGAGCAUGCUGAAGUCCUACCUGGAAAGAAAAGGCUACGGCCAGUGGGUGGAGAAACCACCAAUCAGUGACCAUUUCUCCAUUUGAGGAUCCACUUUCAGCUGCCGCAAUGCCAUGUUUAGUUCUCUGUGUGUUUAAAUAUGCUGUGAGUGCAUGCUAAAGUGCUUUAGGUUUGCUUGUUUGUUUUGUUUUGUUCAGUUUUUGUUGUUUAUCGAUGGCAAAAAAAGGCUCUUAUAGAGACGACAGACAGCACAUGUGUUUGUGGACUGCGGGAACUAAAAGUUUCUUCAGGAGCAAAGAUAUUAAAUAAAAACAGUUCAAGACAGUGUGAGAUGAUAACAAACGGGGAUGUUCUGCUUUGUUUCUAGGUAGAAAUGUAAAUGAAAGUGUGUUUUUGGUCAUUCAUUAACAUUAAUGUCAGAAAUGUGUGUUAAGGAAAUUAUAUUAUGUAGGAAUCUACUUGUGUUUUGCUUUUACUGUGAAUAACAAAACAAAAAAAGACAAUUUGGAAAAAGAUUGCUUUGUGAACCUGUUACAGAAAACAUUAUUGAUUAUUUUUGAGCGAGAAAUGGACAUUUAUGAGUGAGAUGCUAAUGGUCUAAUCCGAUUCAGUGAUCUAUGCUAUGCUAUGCUAAGCUAAAAGUGCUCCCGGCAGAUCCAGAUAUCGGCUAGUUGGAUUCAAAAAUGGUUGAACUCACCUGUUUAACUCUGGGAUAGUGUAAAGUUUAAAGAGUAUAAACAGAUUACAAUAACAGUUCAAGUCAAAGUGUCAGAUGAUAACAAACGGGGAAGUUCUGCUUUGUUUCUAGGUAGAAAUGUA